UGACGCAUUUGCUGUGUGGUACCGGAAGCAGCGUGGUUAUAACAGCGAUUCGAGUGCUACUGAAUUCUGUGAUCUUCAACUAGUAAUUGAUAUUUGAUCUUAUUUUAUAAUAAAUAUGGUUGAUACACCCAGCGUCUGAAAUGGAGAACAACGAACAUUUAGAUGAAGUGACAGAAGAGUCUGAUCCAGAGGAUGUGGCUAAUAUUUGUUUACCAGAUCCGCCUGUACAUUCUUCAAAUUCAAGUGCUGAUAAUAAGAGAAUUGAGGGGUUGAAUAAGACAACAGAUCUAUGUUUUAGUUUGAUUCAUGAUGCACUUUUCAAAAACCAGUGGCAGAGAGCGGCUGACUUCCUGAUUAGUUAUUUUCAGAGUCUUGAAAGUAAUACCUGGCAAAGAGUGUCACGUGCUCCUGAGCUCAUCUGGAGGCUGGGAAAUGAGACCCUUUUACAUCAUCCCAAAGCCACUCCGGAGGAUAUCAACUUUUUCAAUGAAAGAAUGAAAAAUAUUGGUGUGAAAAAUUACCUCUCAAUUAGCCUGGAGCAUGUGUUUUAUCUCCUGUGCAAUGACAUGACCGAAGAGGCCUACCGGAACCUGUCUAUGGUAGAAAGCUGGCGAUAUGGCUCCCUGUCUGUGUCCCAGGAGAAGUAUAUUAAACUAAUUCAGGCUUACAGAGCACUGCUGGACUAUCACAAGUGGUUAGACAAGAAGGCUGGAGUGAUUGAUCAGGAUUUUGCUUCUCAGGCUUCUGCUGAUCAAAAUUUGAGCAGUUUAUACCGACAAGCAACUGCUUCUUUCCAGGAGAUAAUUAAGGUGCCUGGUGUCUGGGACCCUUUUGUACUCAGCUAUGUUGAUCUUCUUGAGUCUUCUGGAAAACACAAGCAGGCUGAGGAACUAUUAACAGACUAUGCCUACAAUAGCAAGUAUCCGUCAAAUCCUAACGCACAUGUUUAUCUCUAUGAGUUCUUAAAAAGGAAUGAGGCCUCUGAAGACCAUCUAAUAAAAGUAUUAAAGGUUUUCUACUUACAGGUUCCAUCACACAAACUGAUGUUGGAAUUUGUGAAGCUGCUGGAACAGUCUGAGUCGGAGGAACAUAACCAGCUUGCAGUGGAAGUUAUUUUUAAUAUUUUGGAUUUCUCUGGCUGGAAGAGUGAAGUAAAUGCCUGGCACUGUUUAGUAAAGCAACUUAAAAAAUCUUUCAGAAGAAGGCACAAGAGCUGGAUACUAGAAGAGUGGCAGUCCAGGAAGAGAUGGUGGCCUGCUUAUCACUUCAACAAAUUCCAUGUAAAAAAGGACUGGAAGAACGAUAUUAACCUUGCAAUACAUAAAGCCCUGGUGGCUGGAACUUUACUAGGACAAGAUUGCAGGUAUUUUGCUGCUGUUUGUAGUCUUGGAAGUGAAUCACCAAACAAAAACAUUACUUCAAUGCUGAAAUUUGUAAAGCAUCACAGCUCUUCAAAUCCUGACUGACUCUCUACAGAUGACAUUGUUAUGGAUUCUAGUCUUUCUGCUGCCGUUGCACAGCGGUUGUCAAGAUCAAGUGGCAUUAUUGGUAUCUGAUAAUAUACUAGAGAAUGAGCUUCCCACGGCUUCCAACUUAUAGAAAUAACACUGAUGUUUACUGCAGGUUCAGUUUCACUAUAGGGAAUAAAGUGAACAUAGUAUUCCUCUUACACUGGAAUUGCCGAUAGCUAUUACUUUUUCCCGUUAUGCUUGCGUAUAUAUUCAAUGACAACACAAACCAAAGUUUCUCUUGGUGUUUGUAUGGUUUGUGAUGUCCCAAGGUAGCACAAUAAAAACAUAGGCUUUCUAAGAAAAGCUAUGCAGAGGUUACAACAAAGCACAUUCUGAAAUUGAUAUUUUUUAUUUAUAUUUCUUUUUGCUCUAAAAUCGUAUCAAAUAAAAGCUAUUUCAACUGAA